GUUAGGGUUUUCAACUUUCCGUAUCCUCGUAACCGAACUCUCACGAUUUCAUCUUCCACUGUCUCACUGUCUCACUGUCUCUCGCCUCUUUCAAUCUCACGAUCUUCAGGAACUCUUGCCUCUCACACUUAUCUCACUGCCGCCGUUCGUUCGUCGCCCUACGCGCCGUCCGUCGCCUCUCACGCUUAUAAUAUUAUAUAAAUGCCAAAAAAGAAAUCUUCCAAAAAGCCUAAGGAGGUGCAAGAGAAUGCUGCAACAAAAGAGGAAAAGCCCGAUGCUGUGGUAAAAGAAGAAAAGCCCCCUUCAGCAAAGAAAAGUAGCGAGAUUGAUGAAAUUUUUGCUGGGAAGAAGAGAAAGAAACCAGAAGUUGAAAAGGCCGAGAAGCCAAAACUAGAUACAUCUGAUAGACCGAAAAUGAAGAACAAGAAGAAGCGUGAGACUGUGUCUAAAGAUGGCUUUUCAGAUCCACCAUCGCGGUCUAGAAAGAGGACAGGGGAUGGACUUGCUAUUUACACCGAAGAAGAAUUGGGUUUUGGCAAUGCAGAUGCUGGAGGCACCCCACUUUGCCCAUUCGACUGCUCUUGUUGCUUCUAAACAUGUGUUCAAAUUUUCUUUUUUAUGAGGUUGCUUCACUAUCUGGUAAACUUUCUGCUUCACCAUCAAGUUGAUUAAUAUAAAAAUUUCAAUUUUGAAGAUGACUUUAGCACUUAA